CAUCAACUGGAUCGUUAUGUUCCUAGACAAACUAGAUACUCAGAUAGUGACCGCGAGGAAAAUAGUCGUAGUAUUGGCUUGCGAAGAGAGAAAAAACGUUCAAGAGCUUGUUCUCGUCGAUCAUCAGAUAGCGAUUAUGAUGAUGAUCGAAUGUCGAGUAGACGAAGGUUUCGUUCUAGAGAAAAGAGCUCUGAACGCAAAAGGAGACGAUCACAAUCAGAUCUUGACCCCUAUUUUGCAGCAAGUGAAUAUAUUGACACCGAGUUUUAUUCCAAAAAAGUGUUUGUUGGCGAACUUCGUAAUAUCUCCGAGCGUGCAUUAUAUAACGCCUUUGAACGUUUCGGUGAUAUAGAAAACAUUGAUUGGUUACCGGAAAAAGGAAUUGCCUUUAUUGACUUUGAUACCGAAGAAAAUGCAGCUGAGGCCC